AUGCUUCUCUCCUCACUUUGCCACCACCACCACAUCCCCACGUUCAAAUCUUCAAAACUCUCCUCUAAUUUGCGAUUGGUAUAUGUUAUGGAGGACCACACCUCAAAUAGUAAGAAGCGGAUCCGAGACAACUCGGACGGCUCGGAGCAUGACUCGGCCGAGGUUAAGCGACUCAGAGAAGACCUACUGGGUUUCCUCGACGACUCGGAACCCGACGCGGCCACUCAGGACCUCGACUCGGUCAUGAAAAGCUUCGAGGAAGAGAUUGGAUCCACCACUUCAUGUCCGACGUCGCCUCGUCCGUCGCCGGCCACGCCAUCCGCUCCGGUACCGGUGGUCGAUCUGACGUCAGAUUCCGGCGAGUCCAAUCCGGACCUUGGUUACCUUCUAGGAGCCUCAGAUGAUGAGCUGGGUCUCCCUCCGUCGGAGAACUUUAGCGAAGUGCUGGCAGAAGGCAGAGAGACAGAGUUGGUCCGAGUUUCGUCUGACUCGUCCGGAAUCGACGAGUUUUGGCGAUUCGACGACCACCCUCCGAGUUACGACUCGUUCGAGUUAGGAGGCCAUGUUCAUGACAGUAGUACCGACUACGUGGCGUUCGAUGGACUGUUUGAGAAUUCCGACGUCUACUUUGAUUCGUCUGAUUACACUGAUUUUUCGUGGCGUUUCGAAACACUACCGGCGCAGUAG